AUGAGAUAUUUUUGGCUUACAUUCUGUAUAGUAGGUGUGGUACGUUCGACCCCCAUUGGUAACACAGAGACGCAGCAGGGACUAAUUGCCGAGAACGAGAAUACGAAUACAACACAUAAGUCCGGUAUCGUAGAGAUUGUAGAUUCUUCUUCCAGCCAUAAUGUGGACGGUUCCUACAGUUUCCACUAUCGCGGAGCAGACGGAACCUUUCGUGAAGAGACGGCUGUUGUUAAAAACCCUGGCACUGAACAUCAACAUCUUGAAAUCACAGGGGCCUAUUCUUUUUUUGAUGCCGAUGGCAAAGAAGUAGUGGUCCACUACACAGCUGGGGAUCAGGGUUUCGUUCCUGAGGGUAACAACAUUCCGGAAGAGAUUUCGGCAGCAGCUAAAGCCAAUAGUGAAAUACCAGCAUCAACAACCAUAGUUGAAGAGCCUAAAAGUUCUGACGACUCUGAAGAGGAUGACAUGUUCCGAGAAACUGCACAGAUAAAUAUGGUACACUAG